AUGCUUUUUUCUGGUCGCUGUCUGCUGCGCUCUUUUCAGACAUGCCCGUCAAAACUACGUCGCUGCCUCGACAGUAAUUACUCGACUCUUUCUUCUUCGCACAAAGAGCAGGUGACCAUCCCGUGUAGAUCAAAUGGCCACAUCACACUAAGUUUGUUUCACCCUCGCGUUGCUUCGGGCCCCGCGCCUGCCAUCAUCUUGUAUCUUCCACCGGGCCCUUUAUUACAUACUGCAUUACCUACUGUCGAUGCUGGCGCUGCACUUUCAUCAGCGACAUCAGCCACUGUCGUGCAAAUCAAUUAUCGUUGCUCGCAAGAACACCGAUAUCCUACUCCAGUUCAUGAUGUCUUGACAGGAUACGAUUGGGUUCUGGAGCACCUUAUUCCCAGCAGAUCCUUUCAUCGCCCUGGUCGCUCUGCAAAUCACAGGAUCAAGCUAGCCGUAUGUGGUGAGCUUGUUGGUGGCAGCCUUGCUGCCAUGCUCGCCUUGACUGAGUGUCGUCUGCAAGGACCAUACGUUGCCGCUGCUGCCAUCAAUGAGCCCAUUAUAGAUUGGGUCUUUCCUGAAAACGACGAAGCUGAAUACGAGACUUCAAUCGACCGUCUCGCCUCGUAUGUCCAAGGGCUGCAGAUUGGUCAAAGAUCAAAGGCCAAGUCAAAACCUCGUCAGACAAGUUUCUCGACAUUUGGUGACAACACCGUCCUCAACGCCAGCACCUUACUCAAGGCUAGGCAUGAAAUGUUCAGGCGUGCCGAGGACUACUUUGACACUUUUGCAUCGCCAAUCCUCAACUUCCGCACUCCAGGCGUCUCUGUGCCACCACCACUACAGGCGAAAUCUCCUGCCGACGAGUUUGCAGAACUUGCUCUUUUCGAGCGCGAUGAAUUUCAUCGGCAGCAAUUGAAGAUGAGCUCAAUGUCGAACAGUCUGCAAAGUUCCGAGCAGCAGGACGAAAACACAGCAGAAGCCACAAAGAAGCCCCGAAAAUCUUACCGCAGAUGGCCUAAUGCAGGCAGCGGACUAAGAAUACCUCAGAUGCGUAUUUCUUCUGCCGUGACCAGUCCAUUAUCAGAUCAAGUCGAAGAGUUUGCGAGGCUGAUGCAGAAAAGUAUCGUAUCGCAGGAGCUCAAGACUGUGGAGGCUGAGGGAGAUGACAUGGCAAAGGAGGCCGCGUAUAUGCUUGCUGAGCGCCAGAUACACCACAGGCAGCCAGAUAAUCUUCGCUUGUGGUCGCUAGGUCAGACGCACGACUUGCGACACAUUGCGCACUGGUUUGAACAAAUCCUUGGACAGUGA